CGGCCUGCCGGGCUGGGCGGGAGAUAGCGGCUGCUCCGGGAGGGGCCGAACAAGGGCAGGCUGUGUUAGAAACGGGCUUGGAGAAGAAAAGCGGCGAUUGCGCCUUUCCGCAGAGGAUCCUGCGAUUGAAACUGCAGAGGAAGCUAAGGAGCCAGCAGAAGCAGAUAUCAAUGAACUCUGCAAAGACAUGUUCAGCAAAAUGGCCACUUACUUGACAGGUGAACUGACAGCCACCAGUGAAGACUACAAACUCUUGGAAAACAUGAAUAAGUUGACUAGCUUGAAGUACUUAGAAAUGAAAGAUAUUGCUAUUAACAUCAGUAGGAAUCUGAAGGAUUUAAACCAAAAAUAUGCUGAUCUUCAGCCAUAUCUGGAACAGAUAAACCUAAUUGAGGAACAGGUUGCAGCUCUGGAGCAGGCAGCUUAUAAAUUGGAUGCAUAUUCCAAAAAACUUGAAGCCAAGUACAAAAAACUGGAGAAACGAUGAAAUUACAAAGCUGUGUAAGCUGGAGCUGGGCAGUGAGUCGGACUGAUCUCUAGUUUUGCACAACAGCAAUUCUCUAUGACAAGGAUUUGGUUUACAGCUGACAUGGAGACUGGGACUUUUUCCAGCUAUUGGUAGGCUGUAUUCAGGCUUAAGGUUGGAUAAUAUUUUCCUCUUCUCAAGGGGUACUGUUGCCUCAGUUCUGCAGUGAAAAGUAGAAGUUUGUCUUUAACUCAUGUCGAUAUUGGCUAUUUGUGUGUUAGUCCUGUUUUCCACAUGAAAUACUCAGUCUAGGGAAAGUCUUCAAUAAUCUGUAAAGACAUUUUCCCUUAGUAGCAGCAGGACCUAAACUUUAAUUUUUCCUUUAUUGAGCUCUGUGUUGGGAAGAUACCUGGACCUUUGGACUUAAUGGGUGGAGUAUUGAAAACACUUCAUUUUGGUGUCCCCUUUUAUCUGUUUGAAAUAGGAAGACUAAUUACAAAUUUACAAUAAACUUGCUGCAUAUAUUUCUCUGGAA